CCUCGAACAUGUCCGGGAGGUCAUCAAGGUCGCACGACUAAUCUGUCCUCUAUUCCUCCACUUCAAAAGAGAUGCAAAAGCCUUCUUCCUUCCCAGACUUCAGAAUCUGGAGGUGCUGUCGUACCAGUUGGACGAAUACAUAAUGAACACCGAGAAAAUCGCUGAGGCGUUUGAACAGAGCAUCCUCCGUGACCUCAGCCUCAAGGUGAAUCAACGAACUGUGGUGAACCUCGACGUGGCUUUGUCUGAAGACGACAUACGAAGAAUGCGCUUCCAAAUUGAUCAGCUGGCUAAAAUCAGGAUGGACCCACAUUACCGACUGGUGUUCCUGUUCAAGAAAGUGAAGCUGUGUUCCCACUUCAUCACUGAGUUCAGCAAGAGAAAGCCCGAGAUGCUGCAGUAUCUAAAAGACCUGGAGGAGAGUGCCGCUCAGCUCGACAGCAUGAGUAAGGGGGCAGCGAUCUCCGGUGUGGUGAGCAGCUCAGUGGGAGCUGUUGGGGGCGUUCUCUCCAUCGCCGGUUUGAUACUGGCUCCUUUCACCUUUGGCACAUCUCUGGGCAUGACCAUCGAUGGGGUCGGGAUGUCAAUCGCCAGCGGUAUCACAGGCAUUGUCACCACCGCCACCGAGAUGGGAGUUAACGCUACACAAGAAGAGAACGCGAAAAAAGCCUUCCAAGGCUUCAUGGAGGAUGUGCAGAUUAUCCAGGCUUGUCUGGAGGAGGCGACCAGUCAACCAGACACCAAUCUAGAAACAUGUGGACCCAAUGACCUGAAGAGAGAAGUAACCAAGAUCUGCGAGUUCUUGGGGAAAGACCUCAGUGAAGAAGACAUCGAACACGUUGUAGAGAAAUCCACUUUCAAGACCAUGAAGAAAGACCCGAAAGCAAACUAUGAGUUUCUCCCCAAAGAGAAGAUCAGUGGAAACUUCAUGCGCAAAGGUAAGAUCGGAGACUGGAAGAACCUCCUCACUGUCGCUCAGAGCGAAGUCGACCGACUGCUUCAGGAGAAACUGGGUGAUUUGUGUCUGACGUUCAUCUGGGACGCAGACGAGCAGCCGCAAAGAUAAAAAUCCUCAGUCGCCAUCGCUGCGUAAAGUCGCUGCUGAUGAGUGAACUUCAAAUGCAUCCUGAAGAUUCCACGCUGUCUACGACGAGUACUUAAACUUCAGUUAGUGAAAAUAAAACACGAGAAGAAAAGCUGUUGGCCAAUCUGUUGAUCUUUAUUGUCUGUUGAAAGGAAUUUAGUUGCUUUUCUGUUUGUGGCUGCUUCGGUCACCGGAGACGACUCUCCACUUCAGUUCUCUUCUUCUGGAACAAGAGGAGGAGAAACAGUUUACAUCCCUAAACAAAACAGGAGUAAUAUGGAAACUGUUCUUUGCAGUAGGUUCUGUGUAAUUAUCCCUCCUUUAGAAUUAACUACUGAAUCUCACCACCUUCUUCCUCCUCGUCCUCUUCUUCCUCCUCUUCCUCCUCCUCCUCGUCAGAGCUGAAGGUCCCGUCGGGCAGACUGUACACCCGAAUCACUUGCUGUUGACCAAACAAAGAAAGAUCAGUGUCGGCUGCGAUACGUUUCUGGCCGCCUCUCGCUCUAGUGUGUCGUCCUGCGGUUCAGAACGGACGCCGCGACCUCUCACCUUGUUGGGGUCCUUCAGGAUGAGGUACUUGCCCUCGUCCAGCUUGCGGCAGAUGUCGAUGACGCAGCGGAGGAUGCCCCAGGCGUUCUCCAUGCUCAGGUUGAUCUGGCUGGCGAACUCGUUGGGCUUGAACUGCUGGGUACCCAGGAUGACGUGGCGAGCAGAGUCCUUCGCGUGAUACCGAGACACGUACCUGCAGAACGCACAACAUAGUCAACGCGACCUGUCUUAAUCGACUGGUUAAACAAGCGCAAGCUUUUUCACAUAAAUACAAACGUUUACUCUGCCAGUUUGAUAAAUCCAGGCCCACUGGUGUUCCUCACCCCAGUUUGAGGUACUCGGAUCCCGCCAGCAUGGCGCAGCAGGUCCAGCGAGCCAGUUUGUAGCUGUUGUUCUUCAGCUCAGUGGCCAGGACGGCACCUCGCUGAGAGUCCAGCUUCUGACGCCAGUCCACGCCGUUACAAUGCUGACGACGAAAACAAAAACAAGGAGGAGCGGAAGAGGAAGACGUUACUUACAGAACAAGCAACUGUUUUGACUGGAGCUGGAAAGUUAAGGGUCUGUGCGCGGUGGCAAUGCUGCGUUCACACAAAAACAUCCUAGCUAAUUUUCGUAGCGUUGUUUCGCCCACGCUGAUUUUGGGCGCAGCAUCAUUUUAACUAAAAAAUAGACAAAUAUCUGCGCGUUCUCUGUCGGACGCUGAUGUCAGUGAAUCUCAACGUGCACUGGCAUUUCGCAACGUUGCAUCAAUUCGCUUGAGUUCAAGUUGCUCAACUCUCGCAUCUUAAUAUCAUUGCUCAAAAUAUUCGAUUCACACUUGGUGUGAACAUAAGACUCCAAUGAGUCAACGUUUGAAUUUCCUUCACAACAAUUCACAAAACAACAACAACAAAAAAGCUUCAGUCGCUCCUCCUCUUACCCUGGAGUCCCACUCGUUGAGGGUCUUGACGUUGAUGAAGGACACCUCUCCGUUGGCCCCGGUCAUCACUCCGUCGUGCUCGCAGCGCACAAUCAGGUCGAUGUCUUCCCCGAGCUUCCAUUGGCGGUACCUGAAACACAGAGAGGAAACGUGUUAGUCUGAUACGUCUCGGCUCACUUUGGAUUUUCCAAGAGGCGUUACCGACGGGCGCAGUUCAAAGUGCCUCCGGAUGCAAUUGGACAGAAACUACAACCAGUGAGAGCAACAAAUCAUGUGACAAUAACUACAUUAUCUACCUAUUGUUCAAUACAUGAAUAUGAACAAAUUUUUAUUGACCUCAAUUACAGUUGUUGUGUUUGUCAACAACAGUCCAGCAAAGUCUCGCUGCUUCUGUCCUCGCAUCUAUUCUCGCCGUAUGAUUAUAAUAAAUCACUGGUUUGGUUUAUAAAGUGUCAGAAAAUAUGGAUUUGUUAGUAUUUUUUGUAAAAAUGUUGGAUUACAUUUCUCUCGACCUAAAUCGUGAAGGACUUCACUAUCAAAAAAAUGACUAAGUAUUCAAUUUCUGUGAAUAAGUUAUUAGAAAUAUUACACACUUUAGCAUUAAGCAAAAACACGUGUCAGCGCUUGUGAUUUACAUUCAUUUUAAAGAACUACUUUAUCUCCAACUCCUGAUGUAUUUUCCAUCUGUGGUAAAAGAACAACAACCUUGACAGUAGACUGAACCGCUUGGUUUCCUGAUCCUACCUGUAGGCUACAGACGCCACCUCACUCUUAUCCGUGUCCUCCUCCACGAACGGGUUAGGGUUAGGAAACUUGUGCCGCUCGCCACCCUGUAGAAAAGCAAACAAAUGUGACAUGGUUGUGAAAGAAUGACACCAUUUGGACGUACGAUGUCUUUAAAAGACUAAUUUCCUACCUGCUGUCAGAAUAAUAUAUAGAGAUGAUAUGGGUCAUAUUAAAUUUGACACGUGUGUGUGUGUGUGCGUGUGUUCACCAUUCGUAAACACUGCUGGCUGAAGUUGUGGUUGAUGUACGUCGCCUCCAUUGCCAGGUUGCGAGGCGAGUUAAAGGAGUUGCCCUCAUCCUGCGGAGGCUCGUUGGCGGUCUCGCUCACAGUCAGCAAAUC